AUGACGACAGUUAAGCACGUUCACAGAAAGUUCUCCACCAGACGAUCUACGACUGAUUGGAAGAACAUCUACAUCGUUAGUAUAUUCGCUUUUAUUGAUGCAUUUCAAUUUGCAUUCUUCGUUUGGACAUUCUGGCCGUAUGUCCAACAGCUUGAUCCAAGUAUGACUACUUCUUUCGUUGGUCUAAUCAUGGCUGCAUCUGGUAUUGGUGAAGCCGUCGCAGCUCCUAUUCUCGGUUUCUGGACAAACAAAUGUGGAAAAAUCAUUCCUCCCUUAGUGGCAUCUGUAAUCAUCUCUAUGAUCGGAAAUGUUAUUUACAUGUGUCUUAACGAAAUCCCUUUGCAUUUAAGAACUCCAGCAUUACUCAUUUCUCGCUUCUUGAAUGGAGCUGGAAGUGGUAACAGAGGAACUUACUUCGCUUAUAUUGCAGCUGCAUCUGAUCCAACAGAUCGCGCUAGAAGUAUGGCUCUAUCUGGCGGUGGAGCCUUGAUUGGUUUGAAUGUUGGUCCAGCAAUCCAAAUGCUAUUCACAUGGGUCGGAGAUGAUGGUAUCGAAUUAGGAUUUAUGAGAUUGUCUAUGUAUACCUGCCCAGCUUUACUAGCCCUGGUCAUCAACUUGGCCUCGAUAAUAUUAUUAAUAACAAUGUUGGAUGAUGGAUUAGAUCGAAAUGAACCAGAAGAUCUUGAUAACAUUUCCACCUACAGUAUCGCCGCUGCAAACGAUUCUGAUUUAGAAAGAAACGUUGUUUCAACUAUCCGAUUAGAUGUUUUAGCUGUUGUUGUGUGCAUGCUGACCAGAGCAGCUCGAAUGCUUAUUACAGCCAACAUCGAAAGCAUUGGUUCACCUUUCUCUGAAGUUAUGUUCGAUUUGGAUAAAGCAUCUGCAUUGGACUUCAACUCCAGAAUGCAAGCAGCUGUUGGCGUUCUAACCACAUUCAUGUUCUUCAUUUAUGUCUUCACCGACUACUCCAAAUGGGUGUCUGAACGUCUCAAUUGUUUCUUAGCCAUGAUUGCUCUCCUCUUCUUCCAUCUUAUCACAUUCUCUUGGCCAUUUUUAUCAGGAAACCUCACAAGCUGUUCUCGUUUCCAAAAGAGUCUGAAUGAUACAUCAGACUUCACUCAAGAUUGGACAUGGUGUGAAGAAUUGCGACCAGUUAACAUCUGGUUCUACUACAUCAGUUAUGCCAUCAUAUUCGGAAUAGGAUUACCUUGCUUAAAUAACUCAUUGCAAUCCUUAUAUAGUCAAAUUCUUGGAAAAGGACGUCAGGGAACAAUGCAAGGUUUGAAUCAAGCAGUCGGCUGCAUAUCACGAAUUCUCGGACCACUUCUUAUGUCCUCCGUUUUUUCCUUAUAUGGUCCUAAAGCCACAUGGCUUAUCGAGAUAAUACUUAUUUCUGUUUGUUUGAUUGUUUGGCUUUUCGUUUAUCGACGACUAACUCCAGCAGUGGAAGUCAAAGAACGAGAGAUAGUAGUUGAAGAAUCUGAAGGAGUAGAGAAUCCAGCAUGUAGACGUAGCAGUAUGGUCUCAGAGAUAUCUAUAGUUGCAACAGAUGAUGUAAUGAAGAGAGUUAAGUAA